GCCGUUCCGACUGCUAUACGAGAGUUGCGCCUGCACUGUGGAGACAAAAGCGAGAAAAAAAAUGCAAAAACGACGAGAAGGAGUGUUGGGAGCCCCUUUCCCAGUCCACAUGGUCAGGCAGUGAUGUCCAUUGGCCUCCAGGCCAGAGAUGUUUAUGCGAGAAGUGAACCGAAGAAGAAAAGGGCAGACACUUGGGGGAGAGAAGAGUUUAACACGGAUCAUGACCUCAACCAACAGAGACAACGGGGUGGCUGAAAAGGCGGUGGUGCACAUUAAAACGGAGGACUGUGAGCGGGAUGCACCAGACGGUCUGUGUGUGAAACAGGAGGAUUGUGAAGGGGGAGCUUCCGUUUUUCAAGAGGAGGAGCGCAAGGAGAAGACCAUUGAAAUCAAAGUCGAGGAACUGGAAGAUGUGUCCGUUAGACCUCCACUGCAAAACCGUGAAAGCGGGGAGAUUUUCAAGGAAGAUAUCUGUGAAGAGUCGCACUACGGUUUACAGCCCUGGCUCAGUAAUGCGGGACAACUGGCUACCCAGCAGAGUUCUCUGGAGCUGAAAUCGGAGUUUGAGGAGAAAGCCACUGAGGGAAACGGGACAGAAGGAGAAGAGCAGCCAUCGUCUGAGAGCGUGGAAAGAAAUUUGCAGGGGAAUGACAACUUCUCACCAUCUUCAUUUGCUCAGCCCUCUCUUCAAUGCAGACUACAAGAUAAACUGGACACAGAGAAGAGAAAGAAACCAACAAGAGGGUCAGAGAAUUUGGCCCCAGCCUCUCUGCAGUGUAGUUCUCUUAAUACUGUCAAAUUAAUACAGCAAGAAGUCGUCCACACGGAUCAAAAACAAAUAUAUAAAACGAACAAAGAGACCUUGCAGACCUACAGAAAAUGCAGAAAAAUGUUCAUAAACACUCCUGACUGUGAAGAUCGUAAGUUGAUUUGCACAAGAAAGAAGCCAUAUGCCUGCUCUGAAUGUGGCAAACAGUUCUCUUACAGCAGCGGCCUUAAUAGACACAUGCGAAGUCACACAGGCGAGAAACCCCAUUGCUGUUUAGAAUGUGGCAAACAAUUCUCAUAUAUAAGCAGCCUUCAGAGGCACACGAGAGUCCACACUGGAGAAAAACCUUAUGGCUGUUCUGAAUGUGGCAAACAAUUCUCUAACAGCAGUACCCUUGAGACACACACACGAAUUCAUACUGGAGAGAAGCCCUAUUCCUGUUCUGAAUGUGGUGUACUAUAUUCCAGCAGCAGCAGUCUUUAUGAACACAGAAGAAUUCACACUGGAGAAAAACCUCACAGCUGUUCUGAAUGUGGCAAGCGGUUCUCUUACAGCAGCGGCCUUAAUAGACACAUGAGAAUCCACACUGGAGAGAAACCUCAUUGUUGUCCAGAGUGUGGAAAACAAUUCUCACAGAUAAGCAACCUUCAGACCCACAGAAGGAUCCACACUGGAGAGAAACCUUACUGGUGUUCUGAAUGUGGGAAAGGAUUCACUGACAGUGGCAAUCUUCGGCAGCACAUACGAACUCACACUACAGAGAAGCCCUAUUGCUGUUCUAAAUGUGGCAAACGCUUCACUAAUAGUAAUGCUCUUCAGAGCCACACAAGAUUUCACACUCGAGAAAAGAAAAACGUAUUGCUGUUCAGAGUGUGGCAGACAAUACGAGAGGUCACUUUCUCCAAGAGUCCCUCCCAAUUACUCUCGUCCACCCCCUCACUGCCCAUGACCACUCCAAGAUACCUGAAGCACUUCCUGUUCCACUUUAGGCCUCCAGACACCCACCGAAAGAAUCGCAGCGGCGUCUCGGAUGACUGCCUCAUGCUCCGGCAAAAUGGCCGCGGCUCCCAGAAGGCUGACCAGGACACGAGACGGCUAGCGAAGGCUUCCCACGAGGACAACAGACUGGUCACCCGCGGUGCAUGUCGGGAAGGUGAAGUACACUCGGAGUCCUCCGACGAGGUCGUUCGUUCCCUGACGGGCCCGAACCUCCUGGAAGGGGAGGGGAAGGCGUGCAAAGCAGCGCCGAAACAAACGGCAAUCGUCAAGGAGGGACAGAUUGUGGCUAAUGGGCUCGAGGAAUACCUGCGCCCUUCGCCGUUCUUACAGGAUUUACAACAGCUGAAGGAACGUGUGGAGGACUUGGGAGCGACGCAACCCGUUAAAGGCUCUGCAGGACUAUGUGCAGCGGCUGGGUUGGGAAGCUCCGGAGAUGAUCGAUGCGGGAGUACAGGACGCAUCCGUGUAGUGGGGUGUCUUAACGGUCUCCAGAAAGGAUCCCUAGAUGAAAGGAGUGGAGAUUUGGUGAAAGAGAAGCGUUUGCCACAAAGCAUGGCCUCAGCCAAACAGGACAGCAUGGAAGAAAUUCUGGCACACGUUAAGCAAGAGGACUGUGAGUGGGGAGCCCCAGAGGACAUGCAGAUGAAGCUGGAGGACUGCGAAGGAAGAGUUUUCGUGUUUGAAGAGGACUCUGAGGGUGUGAAUGUUGAGGUUAAACGCGAGGAUUCGAACGAUUUCUCACUCAGUCCUGACCUGCGAAACCAUGAGACUGGUAACAUUUUCCAGCCAGAUGUUCCAGAAGACUCUCACUCCGGUCUACAGCCCUGCUUCAGUAAUUCUGGACAACUGCCUACCCAGCAGCAUUUAAUUAGAAUGAAAUCGGAGGUGUCAGAGUUUGAGGAGAACAUCACCGAAGGGAAUGGGAAAGAGACAGAAGAGCAGCAGGCAUCUGGGAAUGUGAGAAUAAAUUUCCUGGAGAAUGGUAGCUCCUUCCCAUCUUCAUUUUCUCAGAUUUCUCUUCCGUACCGACUGGAACAGAACCAGAACAAUCCGAAUAUGAAGAAAUCAACAAGAGGAUCAGAGCAUUUGACAGCAGCCUCUCUGGUGUGCGGUUCUCUGACUGCUGGGACACAAACAGGGACAGGACCCAUUAACAGUGACCAUCAAGUGCAUCACGCAGAUCAAAAGGCCUCAUGUGUUGGUCGUGAGCGUGGAAAAAUGUUCAAAACCAAAUCUGACUGUUCGGGCUACAAGUCGAAUCACACAAAAGUGAAAACAUAUUGUUGUUCGGAAUGUGGCAAAGUAUUCUUUUGCAGUAGCCAUCUUGUAAACCACACACGAACUCAUACUGGAGAGAAGCCCUUUAGCUGCUUUGAGUGUGGCAAGCGAUUUGCUGACAUCAGCACUCUUCAGAAGCACAUACACAUUCAUACAGGAGAGAAGCCAUUUUGCUGUUCUGAGUGCGGCAAAAGAUUCUGUUACAAAGGGCAACUGCAGAGACAUGCAAGAAUUCAUACCGGAGAAAAGCCGUAUCGGUGUUCCGAGUGUGGUAAAGCGUUCUCUGAUGUUAGCUCUCUUCACAAGCACACGCGGAUUCAUACAGGAGAGAAGCCGUAUUCUUGUUCUGAAUGUGGCAAAAGAUUUAUCUGCAAUGGCAGCCUUCAACGGCAUGUGAGAGUCCACACAGGGGAGAAGCCAUAUUGCUGUUCUGAAUGUGGCAAAAGAUUCUCCAACACCAGCGGUCUUUGGCAGCACACACGAAUUCACACUGGAGAGAAGCCCUAUGGCUGUCCUGCAUGUGGCAAAAGAUUCAGUUACAGUAGCGCUCUUCGUAAGCACACACAAAUUCAUACUGGGGAGAAGCCAUAUGGCUGCUCUGAAUGCGGCAAGAGGUUUCUUUAUAAAUCCAUUCUUCAGAACCACAUAAGAAUUCACACAGACAAGAAGCCAUAUUGCUGUUAUGAAUGUGGGAAACAUUUCUUCAGUGAAAGAGGUCUUCACAAUCAUUCAAAAAUUCAUAGUUCAAAGGAACCUAUUGCUGAUGUUGAGGUUCUCACUUAUGAUUAAUUUUCAUAGGCACUUCAGACAACGAUAAGGCUUCUCUGCACUGCAGAUUGUGGAGUGUGGUAAUCGAUUCUCAAACGGCAGCGGACUUCAUUAACUGUAAAGUAGUUCAUACUUGUGAGUAACUUCCGAGCUGUUUUGAUUGUGGAAAGAGUUUCUCACACUGCAGGUUUCUUUAUGGCCACACAUUGGAGCUCUAUGAGGGACUAUACUAGAAUUAUAGAAGCCAAUGUAAUAGAAUAAAGAAAGCAGUGAUGCAAAAAAAAAAAAAAAA